GCAUUCUCCCACCCCCUCGGCGGCGCCGACGUGGGCCUAAAAGCACUUUCAGGUUAGGGGUGGGGCGUUGACCCGCGCCGGCCGCGGGACAGGGGCGGCCGGGCACCUAGGCGGCCAUCUUCACGGCCUCGGCAUCGUCGUAGACGCACAUGUCGAUGUUCACGCCCAUCUCGAGCUCGAGGUCCUUGAAGCCGCGCGCGAGCUUGGCCUCGUUGACGCCUGCGAAAGCGACCGGUGAGUCGUGCCGAGCGGCGAGAGACCCCACGACGCCAUCGACGCGAGGGGCGGUGAGUAAAUCCGCGCCGCCACGCCAUCGACGCGACGGGCGGCGAGAGACCCGCGCCGCCACGCCAUCGACGCGACGAGCGGCGAGCGACCCACGACGCCAUCGCCGUGACGUCGGAUUCAGACACCGAUCACUACGGUCCUUGGAGAGCAUGACGCCCGACAGACUGAACAACUGCGUGCCGCCGUGGGGCGCGCCCUCGGUCUUCGUCUCGAGCUUGGACAGCGACAGCCCCUCGUUGGCCACAAAUUCCGUGACGCGCGCGAUCAACCCAACGCCGUCGGCGCAGGAGACAUCGAGAGCAGCGGCGAAGGCGGGAGCUUCCACGCACUCCUCGGCCUCGUGCGCGCUGACCGAGUGGCCGGGCACCGCGCUCUGCACGGCAUUGGUCAAUGCGGCGUGCUGGUCCGCGCCGGCCUCCACCAACAUCGCCAUGGAGAAGACGGGCCCGAUGGAGAAGGAUGAGCUCUCGACGACGUUGCCAUCGUGUUGGGCGAUGGCCCGCGUCACGGACGAGACGAGGCCGCCGCGGUCCGGGCCGACGACGCUCACGACGAGCUGGCUCAGAGGCCGGCGGGCUGUUAAGGAGGCGAGGGGGCGGAGGGCGCGCGUCGCGAGCAUUUUGUUACCUGCGCGCAAUGUCUGUCGCUUGCAGCGCUGUCUCGAUAGCAGGGAUCUGGCUGAUAUCUCUGGCCACGGCGGCGCAGAGGAGCUGGUCUUUCGCGCAGCCACAGCGCUGGUUGCCUGUAUUGGACGCUGGUGCGGACGAGUUGUGGUGAUAGGCGCAAGGUGCCCAAAAGCUGUGGAAAAGCAGCGCUCU